UGGUCCUUUUUCAAGCUGUCUGAACUCUCUCUCGCUAUCCGAACCGAUAUGGACAACAUUGAGCAAAAUUUGCGGAAGUUCUCGUUAUCCUCAAGAGAAGCAGAUAUAAUUCCUCUAAAAGUGGACGAUGUCAAACUAGGCGAAGAAGAAUGUCAAAUGACUUCUACCAGUGCCCACCCUAUCAAACUCCCCAAAUCCCCUCUAGCUCAGAUACCAGAAUCAUCAACUCCUCCCCCUCCCCAGCAAAAUACCUUAGCCUUAACCUCUCUUCAAAAUCCCCCUCCUAACAUUACCUCAAGAAAGCUAAAACAACCUGCCUUUACUACUAUACCACCCACCCAUUUGAUUGAAUCCAUAAACACUGAUCCCAUCCUUCUCCUAACUAACCAAGACAUUGAUUUCCAUCUAGCCGGCCUACCAAACACUCCAGAAGAUCAUUCUCAUAAUAUGGAGUUGGAAAUUGUGAAACCUACAAAAACUGUUCCAGAAGCAAGUGCAAAAAUUACUCAAGUUAUUACUCAUAAAUUCUGCUUGGAAGUGGAGUACCAUCACAACAGCCUCCAAGAGAAGGAAUGGAUCAUAUUU